UGCUCGAACGCCCACACUAGAUGACAUUCUGAACCAACUUAAACUUUGAGGUGUCCUUAGCAUUGCCCGUCUCAAAAUAUUCCCCCAUUUGAUAGAUUUUUCAGUGCCGAGCAGGUAUAUUCUAUGUAGUAUUCGCUCAGAGCAUUCGAGCUAUCCGAUAUAUUUUUGGACGGCUUGGAUUGAAACCCCAACACUUUUCCUCUCAUUUUCUCUCUCCAAAUCUAAGCCGUUUAAAAAUGAAAUGGACUGCUCGGAUGCGCGAGCAAGUACCAAGUGGUACCCCUCGGGACUGAAUUUUUUUUCUUUUUCGACCGUCCAUUGUGGGAAAGAUCAAUCAAUCGCGAUGCUGCUCUCCACCAUCACACCACCUCUCUCCACCACCAACUGUAUUAACACCCUCACCCACCACCUCUGCCCCACCACCACUACCUCCUCCUUCUGCCUCCCCACCUCCACCUCCACUCACCGAACCUCCCAACUCUCACUCCUCACCACCAACGCCUCCUCCUCCUCCUCCCUCGCCGACCCUAACCUCCUCCGCCACGUCUCUAUCGAUGAGUCUGAACAAGGAGAAGUCACGGUGUCUUCGGCUUCGGCUGUGGCAUGGGCCUUGCGCAAGGCCUCGACCUCCCCCGUGGAAUUCGUGCAGAGGAUCGAAAAGGACGGAGCGAAGAGCAAAGGACUGGUGAUGCCGAGUCCUGACUUUCAGAGGCUUUGCGUCGAACAGUUGGAUCUCUUUCGCCGAAUCGUCCAUCCCGAUGCUCUUCUCUCGGUCUUUGUAAGACCAGCUGGAAGUUAUGUCAUGGACCGAUUGGAGCUGCACCGAGUUUUUGUCUAUCCAGCAGUUGAUGCGACUGAUAUUGUGGUAUUGUUCAGUAGUUUUAGUAACCCAACAGGGUUAAGAGCAGCAGAAGCUGCCAUUGCAAGUCAACAAGCCGAAUUUAUUUGCGAGUGCAGGGCUGUAGUCUUCCCUAUGGUGAAACAUCCAUUUGUUGUGGGUUUUUUGGUUGCUGAACUUCCAAAGAUGGAGCUGAAAAGGGAAGAGCAUGAUAUAAAGCAAUGCCCAUUGCCAGAGGAAUCUUAUGCUUUUCCACCAUGUAUAGAUACAAAAUCAUGGGAAAUCCAAGCUCUCAAGAACAGCCAAUUAGAAAUGUCCAAGUUCACUGCAGAGCAGAGAUUAAAUGCUAAUAACAUUUCUCGCUCUCUUGCUAUGGCAUAUGUGAUGGAUCAGAAAGCCAUGUUGCUCCAGCAAUCAUCAUGGCAAAAUAACAUCAGGAUGAGUAGUUUGGUUGAACAAAUUCGUGGACCUCUAUCUAGCAUUCGAACUUUAAGUAAAAUGUUGUCUCUUCACAUGAAGAGAAGUGAGAUCUCUUAUGACAUUGUUGAAGACAUUUUAGUUCAAGGUGAUCGUAUGAGAGAAACGCUUCAACAACUCCAGGAUGCUGUUUAUCUGACAAAGGCUAAUAUAGUGCGGUAUAAUGAAGAAACAUGGAACAAAGUGCAUCGCUCUUCUUAUGUCCAUCCUGAGUCAGUUAGGUCUCAGACGUCCACCAGCAUCUCCGUGGAAAGUGAUGGACUCUCCUCUAGAUCCAAUGAUUUAGAGAUGCCUAUGCCUCCUCUUGCUCUUGCACCACUACAACAAGAAGGUGUAAGACCAUGCAAUGUUUCUGGUGUAUUGGAAGAUUUGGUUGGAGCUGUUGAACCUCUGGCACGUAAGCAGCAACGCUUGGUUGAGCUAUGUGAACUUUCACCAUCUAUGCAGGUUGAUGUAGAAGAACCUGCUCUGCGCCAGGCUUUGAGCAAUCUAAUUGAGGGGGCUUUAUUGCGCACACAAGUUGGGGGCAAGGUUGAAAUUGUGUCUACUGGUGCACCAGCAGGUGGCACUCUUGUAAUGAUCGAUGAUGAUGGACCGGAUAUGCAUUACAUGACACAGAUGCAUUCUCUUGCACCAUUCGGAGCGGACCUCUUCUCAGAAGGUAUGAUCGAAGACAACAUGACAUGGAACUUUGUUGCAGGGCUUACUGUUGCUCGGGAGAUACUGGAAAGCUAUGGGUGCAUUGUCCGUGUCAUAUCGCCACGGAGAACAGAUGCCGCUGUUGGAGUGGGUGGGACUCGCGUUGAACUUUGGCUUCCUUCUUCUAUGGCUGCAUCUGAUUCUGAUGACCCUCAUCGGGAGGUUUAAUGAAAGUGUGAAGUUCUACCUUCAUUGAACAGUUCGAUUGAUUUGUGAACAUUUGGAUUUUGAAAGAAUAAGUGAGAAUUUGGAAGUGUUUUAGCCGCUGCUGUAUAGCCGAUUUCUUGCUGAGGUGGUCUACCCCUGUACAAUGUUAUAGUCCCAACUGCUGCAUGUGAAUAUCAACAAACUGGUGUAUACUCUGGUGAAAUGUUGUUUGUAAGUCUCAGUGUCGUGCGGCUAUUGCUGUGGAUCAGUUUUUGAUCAAUUUCAAAGAGUUCAUUCAAGACGCA